AUGACCUCAGUUCAUCAAUUCAACAAUAUAUCACUUGGUGGAAGAAUUGGAGGUACAAGAGGUACACUAAAGAUAAACUCAGCUGGUCUAGCAUGGAAGACAGAGGCAGGCAGAAGUGAGACAGUUACUUCAGAGGAUGUUGAUAAGGCUUCAUGGAUUAGAUUGACACCAAAGCUUUAUCAACUGAACUUGGCAAUGAAGGGAGGCUCUAUCGUCAAGUUUGAUGGCUUCAGAGAGCAGGACCAUGAGUUCCUCAAGAAGUUCUUAUCAGAGAGCUAUCACGUCGACCUUGUGACGGCCGAGCUCUCGACCAAGGGCUCAAACUUUGGUGUGGCUUCGAUCGCUGGCUCAAUGGUCACAUUCCAAAUCGACGGCAAGACCUCGUUCGAGUUCCCCAUCAGCGACGUGUCUCAAUCAAUCGUCAACCCAAACAACAAGAACGAGUUGACCAUUGAGUUCCAGAACGACUCGACACUCGACGACGAGGACGAGUCGCUGGUCGAGCUGCGCUUCUUUGCGCCAACCCACGCAAAGGACGGCGACGAGGAGGACGAGGACGAGGAGCAUCCCAUUCAGGACUUCCAAGAGACAUUGCUCGCAAAGUCAGACAUUAGCAACGUGGGCAAGAGCAUUGCCCAGCUCAGCGACAUCAACUUCCUGACGCCACGUGCUCGCUUUGAGAUGGAGAUGUAUCCCAACUUCCUCAGACUGCACGGCAAGACACACGACUACAAGAUAUCAUACGACAUCAUCUCGAAGCUAUUCCAACUGCCCAGUCAAGAUCAGAACAACAUGUUCUUUGUCAUCAGCUUGGACCCACCCGUUCGUCAAGGCAACACCAAGUACUCCCAUCUCGUCAUUCAGAUACCCAAGGAGAAGGAGGCUUCACUCGAGCUCAACCUAUCAGAGGAGGCACAACUAAAGUAUCAAGACAAGCUGUCCCCAACGAUGAAGGGAACAUUCUAUGUGUUGGUGCGUAGGAUAUUGACAUCGAUGACUGGAAAGAACAUUAUUGUGCCAGGCAACUUCCAAUCGUUCAAUCAAGCCAACUCGAUCAAGUGUUCGCUAAAGGCCAGCGAGGGCAACCUCUAUCCACUGGAACGUUCAUUCUUCUUUAUCCACAAGCCGCCCACCUACAUCAAGUACACCGACAUCCAACUUAUCGACUUCUCACGUGCACCAAUCACCGUUGGCAGUGGCCGUAACUCAUCGACCAGUCGUACAUUCGACAUGAUCAUCACACUCAAGGAUUCCUCCACCAUCCAGUUCACCAACAUUCUCAAGGACGAGUACAGUCUGUUGCUUGACUUUAUAAACCAGAAACAGAUCAAGGUCGCAGUUCCAGAUAAAGGAGCUACACCAAUGCAGUUGGUUGACGAUGAGUCGUCCGACGAAGAUUAUGUUCCAUCUACUGAAGAGUCCGAGUCUGAGCUGUCGUCUCAAUCAGAGUCUGAAUCAGAGAAGAAGGCCAAGAAGAAGCAGAAGAAGUAA